CAAAUUUAAAAAUUAAUAAAUUGUAUCUGUGGACAAACAAGCAUACUAAUUAAAUAAUUAGCGAGCUCGGUAGUGUAGAAAGAUUUUAAAAUUGAAAUGAUAAAGGGUAAACAGAACUCUAAGCCUAAUGCAGAUUUAAAAAAGAAUAGCUUGACUGCAUAGAACAAUAAUAGCAAUAGUUAGUUUCCUUAUAAUUAGUAUAAUUCUAGUGCAAAGAAAAACUAGGCUCCUUCUGCUUGGACUGAUUCUACAACAUUAAAAAAAUUUGCGAAUUUCGAAGAUGUGAAAAAGAAUAAUUAUGAUUUUCAUUAGCAAGAAAGCAAUGAUUUUAGAAAUACAAUUAAUAAUGGGAGUCGUAAUGGUUCUGGGAACAAAGGAGAUAAUUUGUUUAAUUCUUCUGUAAAUUAGGAAAGCUUAAAUUCUUUUUAAAGUUAUCAAAGUCAAGCUGCUCGUCUUUAGGAUUUAUGUCCAGAAGAUAAAAAGAAAAUAGGAGAGCUGAUUAAAAAGCUUGCUUAAGAAAAAGAGGAGAAAGAUAAAUUGCAAAAGCAGCUCGAAGAGAAUCAAAAACAAUAUUAAAUGAGAUUGCAAUAAAUAUACAAAUAAAAUGAAGAAAUAGCAUAAGAAUCUGAAGACUUAUCAAAAGAAUUUCAAAAUAAUUUAAAUUCUAUUAAAACAAUUCAAACUCAAAACAUUGAUAGCUCUAAUUAAAAAAGUUUUUCUUCAUAAUAAAGUCGCGAUGCUCUUGAUAAUUAGUAAAGCGUUGCUAACUAAAACAUACUUUAAAGUUAUAAUACCUCUUUAAGUUAUAAUUUGCCAAGCAAUUAUUCUUCUUCUUAGUUUCAAAAUAUUCAAGAUGAUAAAGAAAACUCUAAUUAAUUUAAUAAUCCCUAAGCAUCAGCUUAUUAAAACAAUGAUAGUUAUGCUUCACAGAAAGAAGUAAAAAAACUAUUUCCUCUACCUAAACCUCCUUCAGUAAAUUUACAAAGUCAAUCUUUCUCUACUAAAAAAAGCUAAGAAGUUACUCAUUCUGAUUCGAAAAAUCAAUUAUAAAAUUAAGAUAAUCAAUUAAAAAGCAUAAAGAAUGAAAAUUAAUAAGCAAAUAAAAAUGGUCAAAAUCAAUAAAUUGUUUCAGAUUCUUCAGAAGAAGAUGACGAAGAGUUAGAAAUAGCUAAAAAAUGGAGAACUUUGAAGAGAUCAAAAGAGAAUUCUUUGAAUGGCAGCUUUACAAAUACUAGAGAUAUGUAAACAUAGCAAAAAGAGAAUGAAAAAUAGCAAUUUUCUGGUUAGAAACAAGAAUAAAUUAGUAAAUAAGGUGAAUAAAAUUUCACAAGUUCUUUUAAAGAUUAAAAAAGUGAAGAAAAAGAAGUCAAUUUAGAAUAAAAAAAUAUUAACAGUUUAGAUGUUGACGAAAUAAAAUAGCUAAACUCUUACCUUCUGCAAAAGCUCAAACAGUUAAACCAACAAGAAAUUCAAAAAGACACACCCAAAUUUCAAUAGAAUUUCUUAACUUAACAAUCUUAAUCUUCUCAAUAAUAAACUCAAUACAGUGAUUACAUCAAUUUACAAAAAAAUAAGCUUAAAUCUGUUCCUACAUAUUAAUUUAAAGACGAUAAUGAAGACGAAUAUGGAGAUGAAGAGGAUAAUUAUAAUUAAAAAUAAAUGAAUCAAAUAUAAAAGUAAAAUAGUCUGUAAAAGCCUUAAUUUUAAUAAGGUAAAAUCAAAUAAAAUCAAAUGGAUUAUUUGUAAGAAUAAUAAAUUCAAGAAAACAAGAAAACAUAGGAUAAAUAUGAGACAAGAUAUUAAAAGCAAAAAAUGCAAAUGAAUCAAGAAAAAGCUAUUCAUGAAGAAGAUUCAAGUGAGGAAGAAAAUAAUCACGAUGAACAAGAAGAAGGAGAAGAAUAUCAAGAAAAUUAUUAAUAAGAUUUUAAUGGAAAAAAUAAUAAGCAAAAUAAUAUUUAAAAUAAAUAAAAAUAUUAAAAUAAUAAAUAAAUAAAUUAGAAAUAAUUUAAAAAUAAUUUAUUUAAUCAAAAUGACAGCCAUUUAGAUUCUUCAUAAAGCGAAUUGAGUUUUGUGAAAAAUUAAAAUAAAUAAAUGAAACAAUAAGAAGAGGAUCAACAAAGAUAGUAAAUUAAUGAUCAUUAGCUAGAUUAUUCAGAUAACUCUUUGAUGCAAACUAUGAAUCAUAAAAAUAUGAAUUAAACCAAUAAUACCUUUAUAUUUAGCGCUUUAAGCACUCCCUUUCCUGAAAAAAUGAGUGUAGAGCCUGAUUUUUUACAAUCACUUAAAAAUUAUAAAAUGGCUUUCCUCAAUGAAUAAGAUGAAAGCUAAGUAAUGAGAAAUAACAGCUAAAAGAUAAAAAACAGAAUCCCAAUGUCUCCUUCUUCUCAUAAAAAUUAGAAAAAAAGCACAAAUAAUUCAAUCAGAAGCAAUUCUAAAGACAUCAAAAGAGAAAUUACAGAAGCUAUUGAAGAAAUAGAUGAAGAAGAAGCAAGAGAAAUAAUGAUUGAGAUUCUCAAUUAGAAAAAGAGAUUAAACUCAUCUAAGUGUUCUAACAACUCUGAAGGAAGGGAAUAAUCAUAUUUUGUAAAUGGAGAUAACUCAAAAACCAACAGAAGCAAUAGUUAAAAUUCUUAGAAAUAGUUCAAAUAAAAACAAUAAAACAAGAAAAGCGAAUUUUCUGAUUAUGAAGAAGAUUAAUUUUAGAACGAAUUUCAAGAUUAAUAUGAAAAUGAACAAAAAAAGCGUUAAAUGUAGCAAAAAAUUGAUUACCAAAUAAAUUAAAUGAGUUAAAUGAGCUAAGACUCCUUCUAAAGUAAGAACUAAUCAUUCCAAAAAAAGACUAAAGUAGAUUAAGAAGAUGUCAACUUAAUAUCUCUUCUUAACGAAGAUGAUGCAGACGAUAAUUUGCUUGAUCUAAUUUAAAAAAUAGAAGAAGAUGAAAUAGUAAAAAAAAUGAAAAAAGGCCAAUAAAAAUAGUCAAAUAGUUUUAAGAUAAAUUAAGAUAAUUAUAACAAUAGACUAUUCUAAAAUAAAUAUUAAUAUUGA